AUCACACACAAAAAAUAAUGAAAAUUAAAUUUUAAAUGAUUUUAGUCUUUCAAUGUUGGUUAUGAUAUCGAAGACAUCUUCAAUUCCGUUAAUUUGGUGCAACUUAUAAAUUUCACUGUCAUAUUCUGUUUACUUGGAUUUCGAGCUGUCAUUAUAAAUGCACAUAUUUUUCAAAAUAAAUUUUAAUAUAUUUAUAGAUGAUAAAGCAUACCGACGGUACUUUAACAGAAGCGCUAUUUGUCGUUGGUUUCACAUACUUGUCAAGUAACUUAUUCAUAUGCUGUUACGUAGCUAAACAGUUGCGCACAGAGAGUUUAGCAGUGGAAUUAGCUAUGUAUGAGAGUGCCUGGUAUAAUAUGAAAACAAAAGAAUCGCAGUUAUUACUCAAUAUAUUGCUGCGGUCGAAAAGACCCUUCGAAAUAACUGCUAGAAAGUUUUUUAUUUUUUCAUUGGAUACUUUUAGUUUGUCGAUGAAAACGUCCGCCAGUUAUGUCUGUAUUGAUAACGAUGAAAAAUGAAGCCAACAGUUAAAAAGAAAUAUUAAAAAAAAACCGUAGCCUACAAAUAAUUGCUCUUGUAUUUAGUUGAACAAAAAGACUUUCUAUAAAUAUACAUUAAAACUUGAAAAAGUCAAUAUCACUUACAGUAGGUGAUCGGUUAGAGGCAGGCAGACUAUCGUUGAAAGAAGUAGUGAAUUUAUGGAGGAAAAAAUGUAAUUGCCGUCAGUUUAUAUUAUUGAGCAUAUCAUUCAUUUCAGUUUUGAAAUUUUACCUUGUAAAUAAUACCUUCGAUAAUUCUUCAUAACUAUCAGUAGAUCUAUUAUUGCCUUAGCAAAUUUAAUUAUAAAUUUUCUUACAUGAUUUCGUCACCAAAUAAUAAUUAUUUGACUUAUACAGUAACUAUAUUUUGCCCGUUCA